GCAGUUGGUGUGAAUUGGAAAGAAAGAAAGAAAGAAAGAAUCAAUCAGUUGGUUUUUGCAGUUGGGAUUUUGGUGGGGACUCAGCCACUGAAGCUUCCUCUGUAUUCUGUUGCUGCGCAGUGCAGAAUUAAUGGCUGCCGAAGAGGUUAAUAAGCCUCCUUCGCUCCCACCUUACCCCCAGAUGAUUAUUCAAGCAAUUGAAGCAUCGAAUGACAAGAAUGGUUCAAACAAGACCACAAUAGCGAAGUAUAUCGAAUCGAAGUACAGGGACUUGCCGGAAGGGCACACGACUCUGCUCUCGCACCACCUCAACAAAAUGAAGGAGACGGGGGAGAUUGUCUUUUGGAAAAACAACUACAUGAAGCCUGAUCCCAAUGCCCCGCCAAGACGUGGCCGGGGCAGGCCGCCCAAACGGAAGGUCCCGAUGGCGCAAGGCACGGUCUUGGCUCCUGUGUCUACGAGGCCCAGGGGUCGCCCUCCAAAGGACCCCAAUGCCCCCCCAAAGGCACCAAAGCCCAAGGUGGUUGGUACUGGGAAGCCCAGGGGUAGGCCAAGGAAGAUUGUGAAGCUUGCUGGGGGUAUCAGUGGGACCACAACAGGCACAGGGCGACCUAGAGGCCGGCCUCCCAAGGUGAAGGCUUCAUUGACUGAAGUGAGUGUUGGAAAAUAGAUGCUUACUUGGCUUUGAUUUGCUUUGUGCUUGUAGAUUUGAUGGUGUUUGUCAGUUUGAUCAUGCAUGUCUGGAUGUCUGUUUGACUUUAUGUCCCUGUAGAAUUAGUUGCUAUCAGUCUUGUUGAGGCUUUGAUUUUUCUUUUUAUUUGUAAUUCCUUUUGUAAUGAAUGGUCAGCGCUAAUGAUGAUUUCGUUUCUUCUCCCUUUAUAAUUGCAUGAAUUUUGUUUACCAGUGUUUUCACUGCUAGGCGGUGUGGGGUCUGGAAGGGUGGGGGAGGAACUAGGAAGAAGAGACCAAGCAGAUUAGGGAGAGUGCAGAGCGCGUGUAUUGCUAUAGAUUUGGACUUUUCACCUGGUGUAGUGUAUGUAUUGCUGUAUAUCAACCUCUUUAAUGUCAUGUCAUGUAAUUGUCUCUGAAAUUCCAUUGUAAGAUACUAAGUUAAUAGUCUUCGUCAACUCCAAUUGAUAUGUAAUUGGGGAAGGUUGUUAACUCUUGCCCAUUGGACAGGUUGAAUCUUUUGCAUUGACCCUAAAAUCAAAGUUUUGAACUUAA